GGAGUGACCGAUGGCUAGGGGACGCCCAGUCCCCAAGGUGGGCGACUGGUCACCAGCGCCCUGCCUGCCCCGAGCCACCAGGUCGAGACAGACAGCGGGGCCUGUGGGCCUGCCAGGCCGGCAUCCCUGGCCUCCACUUUCAGGGAAGGUGGGGAGGGCGGGGGAGGGUCCCGGAGCAGGCCUCCAGAAGAAGGCCCCCCUGCCUUUCCUAUCAGGAAACACAUCCUGUUAGUGUCUGGCUGCUAUUUGUUGCAGUUGGCUACGCCCUCCAGCUCACCAAAAACAGCCUCAAAAACAACCAUUUCCUCUCUGCUGAGAGACAGGGGGAAAACGCAGGCGCGAGGCACACACACACUCACUCACACACGCACGCGCAUCCCUGCAGCAACCCGUUUGCUUUCCAGGACCAGCUGUUGGGUGGCGGAGGCACCGGGAAGGGGCUCAGGCAGCGGAGGCCCCAGUGGCUCACUUGCGCUGCUCCCAGCGGCCCUGCUCAGAGCCCUGCUCCGCACUCGUCCUGAGAGUGAGGCCCAGGCACCCCGCGUUGCUGCCUGCCUUGCAAGUGAUUUCUGUUCUCUUCGCCUCCUCCUCCUCCCAGGAAGACGGCGCGCUCACGACUCUGGACUCUCGCUGGUGCCCCUGCUUCCUCCCCGGGAUGGGCAGCUCGGAAGGCUUCAGCUCAGGCCUGGCCCUGCUCCAGGUGCAGGAAGGAGGGUAAGGAGGGCCGCGAGGCGGGCGCCCCCGCACCUGUCGCAUGGGCCUUCCUGACACCUCCAAGCAUGAGCGGUGAUGUCCUCUAGCCACCCCUGGUGACAGCAGCUGACCGACUGGGACUGGGACUUUCUCCACGACAAGGGGACGGCACCGCAGUCCGCAAUGACUGUCCAGAAAGUGGUGGCCACGGCCGUGCUGGUGGCCCUCGUCUCUCUCAUUCUCAACAACGCGGCGGCCUUCACCCCCAACUGGGUGUACCAGACGCUGGAGGACGGGCGCAGGCGGAGCGUGGGGCUGUGGCGGUCCUGCUGGCUGGACAGGGCCAGGGGAGGGCCAAGCCCGGGGGCCAGGCCCGGGCAGGCGGACGCGCGGGACUGCGAGGCCCUGGGCUGGGGCUCCGAGGCGGCGGGCUUCCAGGAGUCGCGAGGCACCGUCAAACUGCAGUUCGACAUGAUGCGAGCCUGCAACCUGGUGGCCACGGCGGCACUUGCCGCAGGCCAGCUCACCUUCGUCUUGGGGCUGACGGGCCUGCCCCUGAUGUCACCCGAUUCCCAGUGCUGGGAGGAGGCCAUGGCCGCUGCGUUCCAGCUGGCAAGUUUUGUUCUGGUCAUCGGGCUGGUGACGUUCUACAGAAUCGGCCCGUACACCAACCUGUCCUGGUCUUGCUACCUGAACAUCGGGGCCUGCCUGCUGGCCACCCUGGCUGCGGCCAUGCUCAUCUGGAACGUCCUGCACAGGAGGGAGGACUGCAUGGCCCCCCGCGUCAUCGUCAUCAGCCGCUCCCUGACUGCACGCUUCCGCCGCGGGCUGGACAAUGACUACGUGGAGUCGCCGUGCUGAGGGCGGCGGGAGGCCGCUCGGGGCUCCGUCCACCGCAGGGACCAUCUGAGAAGCAGGGCGCUGCCUGCGCGGCUUCCCAUGAGAGCACAUGUAUGACACGCAUUCACUACGUUAUACACGAACACAGGGCGUGACCACAUACUGGCUGCGUCCCACCCCCACCCCCACCCCCAACCCCGCCACAGCCCACUUCACGCUCGCGCACGUCCUGUCCUGGAGACCAGCUCCGGAGAGGCACGUCCGGGAUGGCAGCCACCUCGCUCUCUGCCCUGGCCCAGGAGUAAUUUAUUCUGUAUCUGCCAAGAGGGGCGUCCUGGGUCAUAUUUACUUUGAUAAAGCAGAACACAGGGAAUAGUUCUGAACUGUCCGUGAUCUUCCUCCAGGGACUCAGAAUUUACAGUCAGAUGGUUACGGCUUUACAACAGGACUGUGUUAGUGAUGUCCAUUUACUCCUGAUUAUCUUCCUAAGUUAAAAUAAAACACAAACCUCUUACCACGGUUUAAAA